AUGAGUAUCCCCAGACUAGAGCUUACAGCAGCAUUAAUGUUGGUGCGUCUUGCAAAAUAUGUCAGAGAAAUUCUAGAUAUCAAAUCUGCUCCAUUGUGGUUGUGGACAGAUUCUCGUGUAACUCUUACUUGGAUUCAGAACCACCCAUCCAAGUGGAAAGACUUUGUUUGUAAUCGAGUUAGCAUUAUACAGGAAACAGAGCCAUUAGCUCGUUGGAGGUAUGUUCCUGGCAAAGAGAAUCCAGCCGAUUGCGCUUCCCGUGGGUUAUCUCCUAAAGCUCUCGUGGACCACAAGUUGUGGUCGUCAGGCCCCUCGUGGCUCGCGGAAGAUUCUGUAAAUUGGCCCAUGAGUUCCGACGAACUUGCAGAGGAAGCUGUGUCUGAGCAGCGCAGUCAGAAAUCAACGUAUUUAUCCCAAUCUAAAUCAGAACCUGACUUACUUUCUCGCUACUCUGAUCUCAAUAAGCUACUUCGGAUCACAGCAUGGUGUCAAAGAUUUAUCAAUCGUCUCAAGAAAAUCGACAGUAUAGAACACACUCCCUAUCUGACACCCAAAGAAUUAAAUGAUUCUUUACUACUUUGGACAGGUAUUGUUCAGCUAGAAGCCUUCAAUGAAGAUCUAAAACAACUCACUAAUCAGAAACCAAUCAAUAAGUUGAGUAAACUCCGCAAUUUCACUCCGUUUCUUGAUCAAAAUAAGCUUAUCAGAGUUGGAGGUAGACUCAACCAAUCCACUCUUGAGUAUGACUCAAAACACCCACUUCUCCUCCCAAAAGAUUCUAAUCUUUCAAAAUUAAUAAUAUCUGAUUCCCACCUUCGUACACUACAUGGUAGUACAAGCAUUACAUUAUCAACCAUUAGACAACGUUUUUGGAUUCUCGGUGGUCGCCCAGCUAUUAAGAAAGAACUACUACGGUGUGUCACUUGUGCUCGAUACAGAGCUGAACGAGCUCAGCAACUUAUGGGACAGCUUCCUACAUCUCGAGUCACCCCUUCACGACCAUUUCUCCACUCUGGUGUGGACUACGCAGGUCCAUUCGUUAUCAAGACUUGGCGAGGUAAAGCAGCAAAAACAUACAAGGGAUAUAUUGUAGUAUUCAUCUGCUCGUCAACAUCUGCACUCCACCUCGAAUUAGUCACCGAUUACUCUGCAGAAGCAUUCAUUGCAGCAUAUAAGAGAUUCACAGCUCGCCGUGGAAUUUCUUCCACUCUGUCCAGUGAUUGUGGUACUACAUUUAUCGGUGCUGAUGCAGAACUAAAACGUCUAUUCACGGCUUCAACAACGACAAGUACCAAACUAAGAGAUCUUCUAACUAAAGAUGGAGCAUUGUGGAAAUUUAACCCUCCAUCUGCUCCUCACUUCGGUGGUCACUGGGAAGCAGGAGUUAAGUCAGUGAAAUAUCACCUAAAACGAAUUGUUGGUAAUACUCAACUAACAUACGAAGAAUUCACUACCAUUCUCACACAAAUCGAAGCGGUUUUGAAUUCGAGACCUCUCUGCAAAUUGACUGAUGAUCCUGAUGACCUAUCUACAUUGACUCCUGCACAUUUUCUUGUUGGUUCAUCACUAUCUACAAUACCAGAACCAGACCUCAAGGAAGUACCAACAAAUAGACUUUCAAGAUGGCAGUUGUUGCAGCAAAUGUUACAAAGUUUCUGGAAAAGAUGGUCAAGGGAAUAUCUUCAGCAACUGCAGACAAUUUAUAAAUGGAGAUUUCCAAACACACAACUUAAAGUAGGAUCAGUAGUCCUUAUUAUUGACGAACAAUAUCCUCCAUCAAAAUGGCCUUUAGCAAAGGUCAUAGAAGUUCAUCCUGGGCUUGACAAUCUCAUUCGCGUGGUAACACUGAAGACAGCUACUGGAAUACUCAAAAGACCAAUAGCAAAAUUGUGCUCUCUUCCUGUCACAGAAUAA